CCUGCAUAUCCAUGGGUAGCGACAGAUCCAUGAAGAAUCGUACAAAUUUUACAAAAGAAAAAAUGGACAGGGACGGGCAUGAUCUUCCAGAGACAAAGGAGCUGGAUGGAGAUGUCAUAUUUAAGCUGGUGGAAACCCAUGGCAUGGAGAUUUUUAUGAGUGAAAUUGGAAGGUAUAAAAAGAUGCUCUUUCCACACCUGUCACGCUAUUCUACUGAAAGGGAUGAAGACAAUCUGUCUACUGAAAAUACAAAGCAAGACACGAGUGCCAGUGAAGGGGUUUUGAGGAUUACAUUACAUGUCUUAAAUGAAAUUGGGCAAAAGGAGCUUGCUAACAAACUGGAGAAACAUAUUUAUGGUGAGCUUGAUGUCUGCCAGCGCAAACUCAGACAAAAACUGAAAAGGUUUGAAUACAUUUAUGAGGGAACAGUACGGCAUAUGGACCAGACUCUUCUCAACAAGGUGUACACUGAGCUCUACAUCACAGAAGGACUCAGUGAAACUGUUAACAGUGAACAUGAGGUCAGGCAGAUUGAGGCUGCAUCAAGGAGAUCAAUGACAAAAGAUAAGCAAAUCAAAUGUGAAGACAUAUUUAAUUCUCUUUGUGGAUCCCAUAGAUUCAUCAGAACUGUGCUCACUACAGGCAUUGCUGGUAUUGGGAAAACUAUCUCUGUGCAGAAGUUUAAUCUUGAAUGGGCAGAAGGAAGAGUUAACCAGGAUAUUCAGCUCCUUAUUAAUUUACCAUUUCGGGAGCUGAAUCUGAUGAAGGAGAGAAGAUACACUCUAACAGAACUUCUUCACAAUUUUCUCACAGAGGCAAAAGAGUCAGGGAUUUCAGAUUUUAGCAAAUAUAAGCUUGUGCUGAUAUUUGAUGGGCUGGAUGAGUGCCGGCUUCCUCUUGACUUCAGCAACAAUGAGCCUUGUUCUUGUGUCUCAGAGCAAGUUCCAGUAGAUGUGCUUCUCACAAAUCUGUUCAAGGGGAACCUGCUGCCCUCUGCGCACAUCUGGAUUACCACCAGACCCGCAGCUGCACGUCGCGUUCCAGUUAACUGUGUUGAUCGCGUGACAGAGAUACGAGGGUUUAAUGAUCCACAAAAGGAAGAAUACUUCAGGAAAAAAAUCUCUGAUCAAAACAUGGCCAGCAGAGUCAUUUCACAUGUUCAGUCAACCAGGAGCCUUCAUAUCAUGUGCCAUAUUCCAGUCUUCAGCUGGAUAUCUGCCACUGUCCUGCAGAAGAUUUUAGAAGAAAAAAGCCACGAGAGGAGAGGAGAAAUGCCCAACACACUGACAAAAAUGUACACACAUUUUCUUGUGCACAACUCAUUGAUCAAAUGUCAGAAGUACACACUCAGGGAAGAGGUUUGUGAGACCCAAUCACAGGUCAAAAUGAAUGAAGAGAUUAUCUUGAAGCUUGGAAAACUAGCCUUUGAGCAGCUACUGAAGGGAAACAUAAUCUUCUAUGAGAAUGAAAUCAGCGAGUACGACAUAAAUGUCAGCGACACUGCAGUAUAUUCAGGAGUAUUCACAGAGAUCUCAAAGAAUGAUUUUGGAAUUCAUCUAAAGAGAUCAUAUUGCUUUGUGCACCUCAGCAUUCAGGAGUAUUUUGCUGCAGUGUAUGUUUUCCACACCUUCAUUUGCUCUAACCUAAACUUGUUGGAACCAGAAGGAUCCCUCACUGUCCGAGAGGCUUCUACUGAAGUAACUGGCCUUCUCCAAAGUGCAGUGGAUAAGGCCUUGCAAAGUGAGAAUGGUCAGCUUGAUCUUUUUCUCCGCUUCCUUCUUGGCCUCUCACAGGAAUCAGAUCAGUUGAAGAGUAUUCUUGCCACCAUGAGGAGUACUUUACCAAGUAAUGAGGAAGUUAUUGAGUACAUCAAGGAGAAAAUCAGUCAAACUCUUUCCCCAGAAAGAUGCAUCAAUCUCUUCCACUGCCUCAGUGAGCUUAAUGACCAGUCUCUUGUAGAGGAGAUCCAGAAGUGUCUGAGUUCUGGUAGUUUGUCAGAGAUCACACUUUCACCUUCACUUUGGUCUGCUCUGGUUUUUGUGUUGCUGACAUCCAAGGAUGAGUUGAAUGAGUUUGAUCUGAGAAAAUAUUCCAGAUCUGAGGAGGGUCUCCAGCGGCUGUUACCGGUGAUUAAGGAAUCCAAAAUAGCUUUGCUUAAAGAAUGCAACCUUACUGAGAAAUGCUGUGAGAUGCUUUCCAAAGUUCUAUUUAGUUCAUGUCUAAAAGAGCUGGACUUGAGUGAUAAUGACCUGCAGGACAAAGGAGUGAAACGUCUCCUUGAUGGAUUGGGAAAUACUGCAUGCCAGCUGGAAAAACUUAGUUUGGCAUUCUGUGGAAUCACUGACUCGGGCUGUGGCUCUUUGGCUAAAGCUCGGACCUCCAGCCUCAAACACUUGAAGGAGCUGGACUUGAGUUACAAUCAUCCUGGGGAGUUGGGAAUAAAGCACCUCUCCUCCAUAGAGAACGACCCUGAUCACCUCACUAUCAGGAUAAGUGACAGUGGGGAGUGUUACUUAAAAUCAGCUCUGAAGAAAUAUGCACAAGAGCUGACUGUGAACAUGAAUACAGCACAUUCAGAACUAUCUUUCUCUGAAGACAAGAAACAAAUGAAACGAUUGGAAGAAAGUCAGAAAUACCCUGACAACCCAGAGAGAUUUGAAGACUGGGGACAAGUGCUUUGUAAUGAGGGUCUCCGUGAUCGGUGCUACUGGGAAAUAGAGUGGUCUGGGGAAUGGAUGGGUAUAGGAGUUGCAUAUAAAGGAAUCAGCAGGAAAGGUAAAGGGAACGAACCAGUCCUUGGCUACAAUGAUCAGUCCUGGAGUCUACGCUACUGCAAAGGCAAAUACACCGUCUGGCACAAUAAGAAUGAUGAUGCACCCAUAUCUGUUCCCUAUUUCAACUCCAAGAGGGUUGGAGUGUUCUUAGACUGGACAGCUGGCACGCUGUCCUUCUAUGCAGUGUCUUCACAGACCAUGAUUCACCUGCACACUUUCCACACUGAAUUCACUGAGCCAUUGUAUCCAGGCUUCAGACUGGGAGAGCCACGUGCUACAUUAAUUUUACGCCAGCCAGAAUAUCUUUAAAUGGUGAUAGCCCCUGCAGACAACAGUUUUUAGAGUACAGUUUUACAGUAUUGACAAUUAUGUGAACGCUGUAAAACAAAUGAAGGGAUUUCAGAAGACCUUGUAUGUAAGUGAUUUCAACAAAAGUUUUGUUUGUCGUUUUUUUUAAAUCAAGUUCUAGUUUUGUAGCAAGUGGAUAUCAAAGCUGUGAAAAGCUGUCUGUCUUUAACCCUGAAUUGAAUCAGCAGAAGAGGACGGAAGGAUGUAUUUUUUCCUAUAACUAACAAUUUCAAGGAAAUUGGUAAUAAAUUACAUAUUUUAAAUCUUAAUAUCUAUUUUCUGUAAUGAGUUUUCUUUAUGUUAAAGUGUUUGUAUUAUGUUUUUUAUGCUUUUGUGAUGAGGGAUGGGAUAUGGAUCAAUAGGUGACAGUAUUGAGAAAAUAUACUAGAAGCUUGUGAAAUCAAACUGUAAUAAAUAAUCAUCAGAA